GGUGGCAGCGUCGUUGAUACAAUUCUGACCGGCCUGUAAACAACAAACAAAGCAAAUUUCUGUUAGUUGCUGCGCACUUUGUGUCCAAUUAAACGCAGAAAAAAAUAAGAAAAACUAUUGAAAAUGGACAACGAAGCAACAGGCUCAGCUAUACAGCCCGGUGGAUCGCAAGUCCACAACCAUGACACUGACGAACUGCUCGAUCCUGUACUGUUUUCCAAUGACAAUGGUUCAUAUAAGCUGAAAACUGUGCCUGCAUUUAGCAUACAUUUGCUUAUCUCGACGGUCAUUUCGUUUGUGGGCAUUGGCCUGGCGGCCCUGUUUCCAGAGGAUCGCCGCUGUGAGGCCUAUUUUAUAAUGCUCUACUUGCGUGCCACAUUUUGGGUGAUUACGUUUAUUUUCGAUCAUUUCGUGAAGAAACAACAUGACAAUCUCCGAAUGAAUGGCUAUCAUGACUUUCAUCGCGAAACGAACAUGCAGAAGGGCGUUCCACUCCAAAUUGUUUCACUGUGGAACUCCAUGCUAUUGGGAGUACAGGCUCUCAUCCAUCACUAUUAUGGUGAUGACUUCUCGAAGCAUUGCAAUGCCGGCUGGUUAUCGCCAAUUACCUAUGUUACCACCUUCAAUAUUGCUGAGAAUUUGGUGCUCGCUGCCACCCAUGGCUGCUAUAUAAAUAAGGUGCUCAAGUUUAAUAAGGCUAAGUUGUCACCAGAUGUAUUACGUGGCGCAGAUCGUGCCGGUGGCUCACUGGGUCUCAUGCAACCUGGUGGAGAUACCGCUGAGUUGCUAGAGAAGCAAGCGGACUUGAUCAAUUAUCUGCGGGAUCACACUCACAAGCUCAACCAGAAGCUGCAUCAAAUGCAGACAAAUGUGCGUCCAUUGCACGUACGUCAAAUUCCUUAAGAAACAAUUGAGAAAAAUGACAGGCAAUACGUAUUUCUCUUGUACCCGCAUCUACAAAACAAAAAA